AUGGCGCCGGGGGAGGCGCCGGAGGUGCUAGAUCCGCCCAGCAGGCGCACCCGCAUCCGCGCGAUCUUGGACGGCGGAAAGGCCCAGGCGGGGCGGCGCGUGGUGGUGGGCGGCUGGGUGCGGGCUGGUCGCGAGCAGGGCCACGGGGCGCCGGACCCCUUCGCCUUCCUCGACGUCAACGACGGCUCCUGCCAGGGGAACCUCCAGCUCUUCGUCAAGGGCGAGGUCGUGGGCUACCCGCUCGCGCGGCUGACGGCCACAGGCACAUCCGUGUUCGUCGAGGGCGUGGUCCGCAGGGACGAGAGGGCCAAACACGGCGUCGAGCUGGCCGUGACGAGGGUGCUCGAGGUCGGGGAGGUGGACGCCGCCGCCUACCCGCUGCCCAAGACCAAGACCGGCCACAGCCUCGACCCCGCCUACAUCAGGGACUUCGUCCACCUCCGCGCACGCACCUACCUGAUAAGUGCCGUGUUUAGGAUAAGGAGUGAGCUCUCCUUUGCAACCGAGAAAUACUUUCGGGACGAAGGCUUCCUGCACGUGCACACACCCAUCCUGACCACCAGCGACUGCGAGGGCGCGGGUGAGAUGUUCCAGGUCACCACAUUGUUCAGCCAGGACCAGAAGCUGGAGGCGGAGCUCAAGGAGAACCCGGCUCCAACACAAGCCGACAUUGAUGCUGCCAAGAUCGUUGCCAAAGAGAAGGGAGACACCGUCGCGCAGCUGAAAUCCGCACAAGCUACGAAGCAGGAGAUCAGCACCGCCGUUUCGGACCUCAAGAAGGCGAAACAGGACGUGCUGACGAUGGAAGAGAGGUCCAAGCUGAAACCUGGGAUCCCACGCAGGGAGGAUGGGAGUGUUGCCUUUGAGAAAGAUUUUUUCAAGUGUCCCGCGUACCUCACAGUUUCUGGACAGCUUCAUCUGGAGACUUUAGCUUGUGCUCUUGGAGAUGUGUAUACCUUUGGGCCAACAUUUCGGGCCGAGCACUCGCACACAUCGAGGCAUUUGGCAGAGUUUUGGAUGGUUGAAGCAGAAUUUGCAUUUGCAAACUUGCAGGAUGAUAUGAACUAUGCAGAGAGCUAUGUGCAAUACCUUUGCAAGUGGCUACUUGAUCAUUGCCAAGAAGAGAUAGAAUUCAUGGUCAAGAGUCACGAUAAGGAUGCAAUGGAGCGCCUCAAGCUUGUUUCAUCGACGCCUUUCGAACGCAUUUCGUACACAAAGGCCGUGGAGAUCCUGAAAGAUGCAGACAGGAAGUUUGACAACAAGGUUGAAUGGGGAAUUGAUUUAGCAUCAGAGCACGAGAGGUAUUUGACUGAGGUGGUGUUCAAGAAGCCAGUUAUUGUUUUUAACUAUCCCAAAGGAAUAAAGGCAUUUUAUAUGAGGCUCAACGAUGAUGAAAAGAGAGUGGCUGCUAUGGAUGUUCUUGUUCCCAAGGUUGGUGAAUUAAUCGGUGGAAGCCAGAGGGAGGAGCGUCUAGAUGUUCUGGAACAAAGGAUACUCGACGCUGGCCUGCCCUUGGAGCGGUACGACAAGUACAUGGACCUCCGGCGCUAUGGAUCCGUCAGGCACAGUGGGUUCGGUAUGGGUUUGGAGAGGAUGAUCCUUUUUGCUACAGGUCUUGACAACAUAAAAGAUGUCAUCGCCUUUCCGAGGUACCCUGGGAGGGCCGAUCUCUGAACUUAGCUGAAACUGCUCCAUGUUCCCUGUGUUUUAGGUUAGCGCCCAGGUGGCAAGUGCACAUAAAAAAUACAGCAGGUUAUGUUUUUUGUUCACUAUUCCGUAGUUUUUCGUAGUUUGUCUUGAAUUUCUCGA